UACCAAAUUAUAGAUAAAAGAACAUAGACAACCCACCCAACUCACCAUACUAAAUCAAAGAUAUAAUAACAGAACUAAGGUCAGAACGUGACACCAUGGCCUAAAUACUCACCAGACAUGUUACACAUUGAGCCAGUUUGGGAUGUUCUGGAAUGAUGUGUACGACAGCGUGUUCCAGUUCCUGCCAAUAUCCAGCAAUUUCGCCCAGACAUUUUAGAGGAGUGGGAUAACAUUCAACAGCUUGUCGUGCUGUGUGAGGCAAAUGGUCACACCAGAUACUGACUGGUUUUCUAAUCCAAUACAUUUUUUAAGGUAUCUUUGACUAACAGAUGCUUAUCUGUAUUCAGUCAUGUGAAAUCCAGGUAUCUAACUUUUACAAUAUUGAUUGAUUGAACUGGGACUUUUUAUGCCUGUUUCUUGAAUUUUGAAUAAACUUGCUUUAUUGUUCUGAAACCCUAUGUCAUCAAAUAGUCUUACAAGUGCAUGUUGUUUUACUCUAGGUUUCUGAGAUUGACUUGAUUGAAUGAGGAUUUUUAACAUUGGAUAAUUUGUCCAUUGUGACCCCGAGUUGCUGGAAUAAAAGAACCUGAGAUCGAACUAUAGGUACUGAGUGCAUUGGUCACAUCAUAAGAGGGGUGAUUCUGGGCUUAGUCAAUCCACGAAAUAGUGGCCUCUCAUAGUGGGCUACGGUGGAAGCUCUGGCCUGGACGAUCCUGGUGGAACGAGAGCGAGGCAGCAUAGGCACUAGGCACUGAGGAUAGCCCACUUUACCAUAUGGCCCUUACUGUUGAGUUUGAGGAACAGUCCCUAGCUGUAAACUAGCUCAGUGGUAGAGCAGAGUGGCAUCAAUCAGAUCUGGGGGAUGAAUGACAAGGGAUAACUGACUGCUAUUGGGUAGGCAGGGUCAAGUUGAGUUGUUCAUUUUGCAGAGGUGGUAUUUUAGCUUUGCCACUCCAACAGCACCCUGGUGAGAGCACUGGGAAUGGACAAGCAAAAUAUUUUGCACCCCUGUCUUUUACUGCUUAUCUCAGGGCGGCAUCAGCGCUCACCUAAAACCCCCAUAUGCCACUGGUUGAGAGAAAUUGUCAUUGUUUUGGGGCAGAAUUGUGUGAGGUUUUAUGUUUUGUUGUUGGAGGUGCGUCUUAUUCAGUUUACCUCAGACAAUGUCUCCGCCUAAUCCUGCCUAAUGAGCGGGUCGGCCGUGGUCUUGUGCAACCAUACCAAACAUAACAUAUCAUAAUGAUGUGAGUAUCCUGGAUUUAAGUGUACUAUGUUACGUCUAGUCUAUGAGACCAGGCUGCCACGCGAGCCCACCCUGUCCUGUUGCAGCCUAUAAAUGGAAGUGUUUUUACGAUAUGCAGACGUGAUCUGUACUGUCAUGAGAGUAGAUCGAUUCCUUUCAGUUCACACAUAUUUUUCUAUCUGGCUUCAGCAGCAAUGAGGACCCUGCGGACCAGCAACACCCCAGGAAUAGGAUCCACUAAACCAGAAUCUCCAGUGGAACACAGUGGAAAGACAACAUCAGCUGGAAGAAAGUUUAAACAUUUUACACUGCCCCCUAUCCUUAGACGAAAUUCCAAGAGCAACAGCCACGUCUCCUUUCCAGAUGUACCCAACACAUCCAGUCUUAUAGCUGCCCCCCAGAAGGAGUUGCUGACUUUUGAGCAGAACCUUGAGAGAAAUCGCCUCUCUGCUGCUGGCCAACAGCUGAUAGACAGAGAGGAGCAUCUAUAUGGACGGAUCUCAGAAGUAGUUCAGCCGACCACAGAGAGGGAGAAGGAGAAAGAGCAGCUCGCCAGAGAUCGCAAAGGCCUCCUCAGCCACAUAGACCUGGCUGUGAAGAGUUCUCUCAGUCCGGACAAAGACCGUCUGGAAGCUCUGAAGUCUGCAGUGAAGGCUAUCCUACAGGAGGAGGAGCAGGAUAGGCGAUGGCUGAAGCAGGAGAGUAAACAGCCUUUCUGGAGGCCCAGUGAGUGUAGACGUCACCACGACACUGUCAUCCAGAGCCUGGUGGAGCAGUGUAUGGUCAAUGCCGAAUUGCCCCCCGAAGAGAGCAACAAGCUACGCUCCUCCCUGCAGAGGGACAUCUGUGGGAAGGGCAGACGCCUGCAGGAGGACCUGCUGAGGGUGGUGAAGGAUGUGAAGGGCUGUUAUCCAGAGGACAUGGAUAUCUGCAACCUGUAUGGAAGAAUUUACCACCAAGCCUUCAGCGCAGGGAUGAGAAAGAUUGCAGAGUAUGGGCUGGGCAUGGAUGACUGCUCUUACCUCCUGCAUUGGGUGAAUGUUGCCUACCCAGAGAUUCUACAAAAUCUGGAACUGACCAAGGCGAUAAACCCUGAAGCGUUGGGAAAGCUGUUGACUGAAGAGUUAACAACACACCUGGAGAAUCAAUAUCUUACUCACCAAGAGACAGAGGUGCAGACAUUGAUCAACAAAGUGCUGAAUGUAGAGGAGCAAGCCUGGAGGGAGGGAUCUGUGCCAGAGCUCAGAGACAACUGUUACUUUAGCCCCUUGGCCAUCGAUGUCAUUCAGUUUGUUCAUGCUGCAUUCGAAUCAGUAGAGACAGUUUUGGGAGACACGUCCAAAGUCCAGAUGAUUGCGUGCCUGUUGAAGGACUUCUUGAAUAGCUACAAGAAAUUCCAGGAGAAAGUUCUCAAGGGAAGCAACAAUAGAAACAGCGGAACUGUGAUAAUGGCCAAUCUGUCCUGUGUUGAACAAUUUAGGGACUAUAUUGUGAAGAAAGCAGAUCUCUUCCCAGUGGAUAUAAAGGAAUGCUGUUUGUCCAUAGUAGCUGAUAUGAAAAAUUGUGGCUACAGAUAUUUAACAAGCCCCAUACACAAAGACCUCAAGUCUCAGUACAGAAGUCUGGGAACGCCCAUAUGGUUGGAGAAGAAACAUGUGUUUGAGAAGCUGUUGGAAGGAAUUAACAAACACACCCAGGAUGUUAUGGGCUUGACUGUCUCCUGCCAUCAGGAGCUGCUGAGCCAGCUGCACUUGGAGGUGACAGUGGAGUACGUGAGGAGGCUACUGAAGAGGAAGAUCAAGCUGAGAGACAAAGAGAUGCAGGAGCAGGCUGCCAGGUCGGUGUGGGAGGAUGGCCAGAGACUAAACCAACUUUUCACUGAAGCGGGUUCCAGGGAGGAGUGGCUGAGUGACAUUCUGGCCAGGAUUGCUGAAGUGCUGAAACUCCAAGACAUUUCCUCCAUACAGCUGGAAAUAGUAACUCUGGGGCAAGCUUACCCUGAUCUCAGUGACGUCCAGGUGACCACCCUGCUUAGCCUCAAGUCCAACCUUUCUGCCUCAGCUGUGAAGAGGAUAAAGAAGACCCUCCUGGACAUCCAAGACACCACCAGCUCCCAGGAUGGCCCAUCCUUUUUCUCCAAGAGCCCUAGGACCAUGCCUCAGGACUACCUGACCUGAUGACUCCUUGCUGUCCCCGGUCCA